AUGCCCAGCAACCAGACACUCGCUGGCACGCCCCUACCCCAGGCCUGGCUCCAGGGUGGGGCCCCGGAGACCCUAAUCCGGGCAGGUGUUCGGUAUUCGGUAUUCAGCAUUCAGUAUUCAGUGACCAGUAUUCAGUAUUCAGUGAUCAGUAUUCAGUGCUCAGUGAUCAGUAUUCAGUAUUCACUGACCAGUAUUCAGUAUUCAGUGAUCAGUAUUCAGUGCUCAGUAAUCAGUAUUCAGUAUUCACUGAUCAUUGUUCAGUAUUCAGUGCUCAGUGUUCAGUAUUCAGUGAUCAGUAUUCAAUAUUCAGUGAUCAGUGUUCAGUAUUCAGUGAUCAGUAUUCAUAUACAGUAUUCAGUGGUCAGUAUUCAGUAUUCACUGAUCAGUGUUCAGUAUUCAGUAUUGAGUGAUCAGUAUUCAGUAUUCAGUGAUCAGUAUUCAGUGAUCAGUAUUCAGUAUUCAGUGAUCAGUGUUCAUGUUCAGUAUUCAGUGUUCAGUAUUCAGUAUUCAGUGAUCAGUAUUCGGUGCUCAGUGAUCAGUAUUCAGUAUUCAGUGAUCAGUAUUCAGUAUUCAGUGAUCAGUGUUCAGUAUUCAGUAUUGAGUGAUCAGUAUUCAGUGCUCAUUGUUCAGUAUACAGUAUUCAGUGUUCUGGCAGGUCCAGUUCAGGCUCAGGUUCAGGCUCAGAUUCAUGUUCAGGCUCAGGCUCAGGUUCAGACUCAGAUUCAGGCUCAGGUUCAGAGUCAGGCUCAGGUUCAGAUUCAGGUUCAGGCUCAGAUUCAGAUUCCGGUUCAGGUUCAGAGUCAGGCUCAGGUUCAGAUUCAGAGGUCAGUCACACAGUACAGUCAAAUGCUCAGAGACACGGGGAUGAAGGUCUUAGAGGAGCAGUGUCUUCUGCGCAGUGAUGAUGGCCGGUCAUUCCUAAUGAAGCGGUUCUGA